AUGUGCAACGUGACGGAGACUUCCAAAGUCAUUGCUGUCUUCGGAGCGACCGGAUGCCAGGGUCGAGGCGUGGUCGCAGCCUUACUGAGAAAGGAUUCUCCCGCAUUCCAUGUCCUUGCUCUAACACGCAAUAUCCGGUCCGAAGCUGCUCGGCGCCUUCAAGAUGAGCAUGCUGGCAACCAUCGACUCAAAUUCACCUGUGCAGAUGUAUACAACCAGGAAUCCUUAUAUCGUGCCCUUGAAGGAGCCUAUGGGGUUUUUGCCGUCACAAAUACUCAUAUUGAAGGCAAAAAAAUCCAGACCGAGGAGGACAUCAAACGAGAAUUAGAUGCGGGUCAAAACAUUGUAGCAGCUGCAAAGGCGUGCCACGUGCAACAUUUUGUAAUGAGCAGCCUCCCCAACAUCACAGAAGCAAGCGGCGGUCGUUUCUCCAAUGUAUACCACUUUGAUUAUAAGAAUGAAGUUGAGAAGCUCGCCAGACAGGAGCUGAAUGCUACAUUUGUGCAUCCUGGCCUAUUCUACACCAAUUUACACCGACCUCAGUAUUGCAAACGAGAAGGUGAUGUGGUCCGAUUCUGCCCUCCAGUUUCCGGCGAGAAAAGGGCCGACUGGGUUGACCCUGGCCAUGACAUUGGCAUCUAUGUGGCAGAGAUCUUUGCCUUGGGACCGGACAAAACUGCAUCAAAAACAUAUCCCGUGGUCGGCCCUAAAAUCUCCUUUGCUGAAAUGGCUGUUAUCUUUAAAUCGAUUACUUCGCAGAAGUCGAUAUACCAACCAAGCACAAUCGAAGAAUGGGGAGAUACGGUCGCUGCGCAAGCAGGUGUUGGUUAUAAGCGAGACAUCAUGGAGAUGAUGGAGUGGAUUUCGGCGGCACCAGAUGAAAAAGUCUGUUAUGGUACAAUGGACGUUGGAGCUGACACGUCUUUUCAUGACCUGGGAGUAAAGGCUACUUCUUUUGAGGAGUGGUUGGAAAGAAGUAACUGGACCGGCCCAUGA